GUGGAGAAAAUAAAGGAUCAGGUCUGAAUACUUCCUCCACCACUCCCUGUUGGCGACGGGCCACUGAGAGGUGGAGCAACACUGAAAGAGGAGAGCUUCAGCGUCACAUUUCCUGGUAUUAACGUGAAAGUUUGUCUGAGCGACAGCAGAGCUGCAGUCGAGACGAGUCACUCUGUUUCUCUCUAAAGAAACAUUCAACUGAAUCCAGCAGCUUUUUAUCAACAACACAGCAGAAUCUCUGCCAAACACUGUGUAGAUAUGUCUGCUGCCAGCUGUCUGCUGACUGAAGAUCAGUUUCUGUGCUCCAUCUGUCUGGAUGUGUUCACUGAUCCAGUCAGCACACCAUGUGGACACAACUUCUGUAAAACCUGCAUCACUCAACACUGGGAUGUUAAUGUCCCGUUUCAGUGUCCCAACUGUAAAAAGCUUUUCUACACCAGACCUGAGCUGAAAGUCAAUACUUCCAUCUCCGAGAUGGCUGCUCAGUUCAGACAGUCAGCUCAACAGAAAGCCAGCAGCAGCAGCUCAGAGCAACAAGCUGCCAAACCAGGAGAAGUUCCCUGUGAUGUCUGCACAGGAACCAAACUGAUGGCCCUGAAGUCCUGCCUGGUGUGUCUGGAAUCCUACUGUGAGACUCACCUGGAGCCUCAUCUGACAAGAUCAGGUCUGAAAAGACAUCAGCUGAUCGACCCUGUGGAGAAUCUGGAAGGCAGGAUGUGUACGAAGCACGAUAAACUGCUGGAGCUGUUCUGUAAGACCGACCAGAUGUGUGUCUGCAUGCUCUGCACUGUUUUAGACCACAAGUCACAUGAUGUCGUUCCUCUGAAAGAAGGAUAUGAAGGAAAGAAGGCCGAGCUGGGGAAGACAGAGGCUGAAAUUCAGCAGAUGAUCCAGAAGAGACAACUGAAGAUUCAGGAGAUGAAACACUCAGUGGGGCUCAGUAAGGAAGAUGCAGACAGAGAGAUAGCAGAUGGUGUUCAGGUCUUCACCGCUCUGAAGGAGUCUGUUGAGAGAAGCCAGGCCGAGCUCAUCGACACGAUCAAAGAGAAGCAGAGAAAGACAGAGAAACAGGCUGAAGGCUUCAUCAAAGAGCUGGAACAGGAAAUCUCUGAGCUGAAGAAGAGAAGCACUGAGGUGGUGCAGCUCUCACACUCUGAAGACCACCUCAACCUCCUCCAAAGCUUCACGUCCCUGAACGCUGCUCCACCCACCAAGGACUGGACAGGAGUCAGCGUCCGUCCACCUUCAUAUGAGGGGACUGUGGUGAGAGCUGUGAAUCAGCUGGAGGAGACGCUCAGUAAACAGAUGAAGAAGCUGUUUGAAGUCGAGCUGAAGAAGGUCCUUCAGUAUUCAGUGGAUGUGACACUUGAUCCUAAUACAGCAAAUUCUGACCUCAUCCUGUCUGAUGAUGGAAAACAAGUUAAACAUGGUGAUGUAAAGAAGAAUCUCCCAGACAACCCAGAGAGAUUUGAUACUGGUGCUUGUGUCUUAGCAAAGCAGAGUUUCUCUUCAGGAAGGUUUUACUACGAGGUUCAGGUUAAAGCGAAGACUGACUGGGAUUUAGGAGUGGCCAGAAAGUCGAUCAACAGGAAGGGAAACAUCACAGCGGCUCCUCAGAAUGGUUACUGGACGAUGUGUUUGAGGAAUGAAAAGGACUACUACGCUUUUGCUGGCCCUUCAGUCCGUCUCUCUCUGAAGUCUCAGCCUGAGAAGGUGGGGGUGUUUGUGGAUUAUAAGAAGGGUCUGGUCUCCUUUUAUGAUGUUGAUGCUGCAGCUCUUAUCUACUCCUUUACUGGCUGCUCCUUCAGUGAGAAACUCUACCCAUACUUUGGUCCCGGUCUUAACUAUGGUGGUAAAAACUCUGCCCCCCUGAUCAUCUCUCCUGUCAAUCACACUGAGUAGAACAACCAUUUGAUUUUACACUGAAAUAUUCUCUAUCAUUUAAUGUAAUGAAUGUAUAUUAUUGAUGAUUUAGGGUGUAUACAUUGUUGAUUCAUCAGAUUCAGAUCAAUUAGUUUUUUUGCUUUUUUUCUGUAAAUGUUUUUCUCUGAUGCAUCACAUUGCUACUUACUACUACAACGCACAGAUUUUACAGCAAUGAUUGAUAUUAUCUAAUGUAGUCAAAUUUAUUCUAAUAACUGCAGUACUGCAAGACUGUUAAAUCCUCUCUGUACCUCUCUGCAGACUGUUUGUAUAACCUGAACAAAGUGAACAAAUCCUCAACGGAAUAAAAACAAAGAAAGUUU